AUGUGGACCCUGCGCCCACUUCUCGCGCUGGCCUGCACCGCGCUGGGCGCGGGCGUCGAAGAGCCCAUUUGCCGCCUUCGGGGCGCCCGUCGCGGCGUCCUCCGCUCGGCGGAUCUUUGCCUGGGCCCGGGUGACGUCGCACUUGCGCUUGGCGUUUCCGGCGCAGGGAAGACGACGCUACUGGAGCUCCUAUCAGAAGGCUCCGCUGAGGCUGCUGAUGAGCUGUACCUCCACCCAGACCUAUCCGUUCCCCUGGAGGUGCUCGAUGGAGAUUCGGGAGACAGGAAUGCCGAAGAGGCACUGGCAGUGCUGACACCCGAAGUCCGCGAUGCGUGGGGUCUGGCGGACAAAGCGCCCCUGACUGCCCGCACGGCUCGGUGGAAGGCUCUGUGCGCUCAAGUGCUGGCGAAGCAGUGCUGGACAGCAUGUCAAGGCCUCUCCGAACCCGCUUCGCUGCAGACGUCUAUACCGCCGCACGGAAGCUACAUUUCGCUGCUGUGA